GUGGUCUCGUCGUGCUGUAAGGAGUCAGGCCUGCAUGAGAAAGACCAGGAGUCUCGUUUUGGCGAUUGGAAGAAGGCCGCCCCCCCCACCAAGAUUGGCCGUUGAAGACGACAACGGGAUUCAAAGAUUGAGCAUUCGACGCCUAGACGCAAACACGAUUUUUUUCCGCAAGAAUAUUGGUCUGCGAAGUCUGGUGCCUCUGGAAGGCUAAAGGGUACGUAACUCACAUAGUAGCCAUACCUGUCUGCAUUGUAUUCGUACACUAUCCGUACAUUCCACCACAACCCCUCCCCUGCCUCUUUUCGCUUUCUGCCCUGGUCCGCUUCCACUCCCUCCUCCUUCCUCUCUCCCACCCCCGUCGGCGCUCUCCAUUACGGGCCUGGCUCACAUCACCUUGCCCACCGCUCGAUAGGUACCUUGAUGUAGGUGAGUGGGAAGUACAGAUAGGCAAGGUAGGUGGGUAUGGAACGAGCAAACCUGUGGCCCUUUUCUCUCUUCUCCUUCCUCUCCCCCCUUCCUUCCCCCUUCACCCAUUUCUCUCUUCCACUUCGUUCGGCUUCUGCCUCCCGCCGACUAAAUUUUGCGCGUCCUCGACGACGUUUUUCUUUUUUUCUGUUGUCUGCUAUUACGCAUAUCCCCAGGCACUUCCGCCUGUAAUAAUCGUUUCCACCCUCUUUUCUGGCACCCUCGCUGCCUUGCGUUUCCUUUCUUCGUUCGCUUCAUUCACUCUCGAUCAUUGUCAAUAUCUCCAUACUUGUAGUAUCUAACACGCCUCGUCUCACUUCAGUCACUCACUUUGCCGACUCACAUGUUGGCCGCUACCACUCUACACAUAUUAUAUACCAGCAUUCCCAACGGACAUACACACCUCACUCGCUCUCCUGCCUGGUCUUAAUGAAGAAAAAUACCACACCCUUGCUGUUCCAACACAUGCACAUCAGUUAACCGAACCGCCUUGGACGACGACACUGAGCAUCCCCGAGCAUCCCGCCUCCAACGACCUUCCAACGGCUGUUUAAGGCUUCCGACUCGACCAAGCCAGGUCCGAAUCGCCUCCGAAUUGUGUCGCUGGGACAACCUUAACUGCUUCCUUUUUACCUUGACCUGCGUACGACGCUUGGCUCCUGGGAAGCUCCAAACCCCCAUGAAGGGGAAAUUGAGACAGCCGAAAGCACAGAUCGGCCAGCUGCCAACCAUCCUCCUGUCGCUGUAGCCGUGCUGGUCCCGGCGAGUCAACCACGCCGGGCACAUCCUCCUUGCGCUUGGCCCCUGUUUCCUCUUCCGGCCUUGCUUGUCAAUCCCGUGCAUCACCGGUACUCUAUGGCCCGGAGCUCCUACGCCGAAGAAGACAGUCCGCCUCCAUACGCGCCCGCCCAUCUUCUCCGACGCCCUUCAACCGCUCCAUUUCGACUAAGGCCACCCACGUACCUGGCUGAGCAUGUCCGGGUCCGGGUCCGGGAGCCCCUCUCGGGGAAGCCCCUCCCGGUCCCAACGAAGGCCGCUACACGAGCGUUCCAAGUCACAGUCCAACUCCCUUGCCAUUCGCAUCGUCCCUUACAGCCCACCCCGCCCAAGCGGCAAAAACCGCGAUUCCACCGCGUCGGCUUCAUCGUCACGCACCCCGACGUCCACGACAGCACUGCUCUCUCCCAACCCAUCGGGUCACAACCACGCCGGUUCAUCAUGGGCCGACGACCGCUCCGUGAGCCGCGCUAGCGACCUCUAUUCUCAUCGACGCUCUUAUUCUUCCAGCACUUUAACGUCUGUAUUGUCGCCAGCCUCGUCCACCUUCCCAUUGGUUGCCGCCAAGGACCAUCGUGUUUCAGGGUCGAAACUCCGAUCCGACUCCUUGCCCGGCGACGAGUCGUCUCCCACCACCCCUGUCCCUACCACUCCACCUCAUCAGACUGAUAUUUCCCGCGUUAAUGCGCGAUCCCGGUCCUCCCAGCGCAACGAGGACGACGAGCCUGUCACACCCUCGGCAAAGCGCCCCUUGUCUCGCCGCCGCAAUCUCAUCGCCUUGAACGCUGACGGCAAGACAUUCUCCCUUUUGCCCCAGGGGCAGCGGGCCGCAGUCCACGAAGACCAUGGCUCAUCUUCCAGAGCCCCUACCUUGUCGCUGUCUACCACGACUUCGCAUGAACGCCUUUCGGACGCCUUCAGUGAAGUCCGUCCAAGCUCAACAGUGACUUCACUUCCGGACCGAAGCUUUUUAUCCACUCUAACCCCGGCAUCCUCGACCACGCAAUUAACCGGUGAUCAUAUUACCAGCACAGCCGGCUCCUCCUCGUCCCCUUGGAAUUAUCGAAUGGUGGGCGGCCUUCGCAAGGUUCCCAACACCCCCGAUCUCAAGCAAAAGCAAAAGUCGACGCUCCUUCACCCUGGACUCGAACAGGCCGCAACCUACCCGCCGUCUCCAUCUGGCUCUCGACUCGCGCCGCUGCCCGAGGCACCUACUGCUGACUUGUCUACAUCCUCGGACCCCCACGACUUACAGACCAAGACCUCCUUUCAGUCGUCCGUCACCGCAUCAACGACAUCGGAGAAGACGAACUACAAAGUAUACGCCUCUAAUUCCCCCCCCGCGACCGAUACCGAGAGUGUGCUUCAUGCACCGUCGACGACCUCAGAGACGACCAACUACAACUUGCAAGGUUCCAGUUCGCCUCCUUCGCCCGAGAGAGAGGAGUCAACGCACCCACCAUCGUCGAGCCACUCGAACUACGUAGUCCUCGGUCGAUCCUCCCCCCCCGAGCCAUCGUCUGCCGAGAGAAGUCCGCCAAAGACUGCCGACAGCGAACAAAACUACAUAUUGCACGGCGCUUCGUCUCCGGCGCCAUCGUCUCUAGCCUCCAGCCGCCGUUCUCGGGUCCGCCCAGAGUACUCGCAAGAAAGUCUCUUGGUGGCACCACUGAAGCCCCACAAGAAGAAGAAGAAGAGAUCUAACGAAAGAUUUGGUUAUUAUAAGUCACGGUCCAGAGAUUCCCUGCGACGCGCAGCCUCGGUCAAAUCAAUCUCCAGUGCCCUCACUCUCGAAGCCGCACAAAGUUUCCUAGCUUCCCCUGCGGCUUUUUAUCGAUCACGUGUACUGGCCAGCCAGUCUGGACGGCAGCCAGAGACCAAAGUUGCGCCAACCGUAACCCCCGCCGUUCCUGUCGCGCCUGUUGCGUCUGCAGCAUCACACAUGAACCCCCAUCCGCAUCAAUGGAGCUCACAAUUGUCCACCGUUAUCUCGGAGAGUGAGGGGGGUAGCGAGCCUCCGUCCCGCUCCGUGUCUCCCUGGUCAGUGCCUGGGAGACGGGGCAGCAUACCCCUGAGCAGCCACAGCCGGCAGAUGCUCAGCAUCUCGUCGUCUCUGGCUGCCAAUGAAGAGCGCUCAUUGUCGCACUCACGAUCAUUCGCCGACUCUCUCGAACGCCCUCAAGCAACGCACAGUCGAGGAAACACCCUCCGGAUGGUCAGCGAUCAAGACGAGCAUGGCGAUGGAUUGACAGAAUUGCACCAACUCCACCAACGUCCCUCGCGAACCCGUCUUUCUGGCUUCUUUUCAAGCUCAUCUUCCGAUCGGAAUCUUCACUCCUCGGGUAGUUCGCGCGCCAACAGUCUUAACUCGACGUCGAUUCCAACCUGGGCCAAGUUUUAUUAUGGAAGUGGAGAACGCAGGUUCCUCGCUAGCUCGGGGGAUUCAUUAAUGUCAGAUCCUAACGACAGCCGACCGCCAAGCUCGUUCCAUAGCCAUUCCCCUAGUGUCGACCAGCUCUCGGUGAAUAUUUACAACCAACGGCGACGGCCGCGAGAAGUCAAUGCCGCCAACCCCCGACCGCUGUCGGACGCGGGGUCCAUGGAGAUUAGCCCGGCGCCCUUACAAGACAACCAAGUGCGCACCGGUCUGCGGAAAAAGACUUCCAGUAUCUGGUCACCCCACUUACGGCGGGAUCAGCGAGCUGGCCGUUACAGCAUCUGGGAACCACCAUCGAUGACUUGGUCCGCAGAGAGUAGCAUUCUAGGCAAGCGGAACAUGCAAGUCACCAUGUUUGUCAUCGGGUUCAUCCUGCCGAUCGCAUGGAUGAUCGCUGCCUUUCUCCCGCUUCCCCCUGAUCCGCAAGCCGAGAUGGCGGAGCGCGACCCUCGAUCGGUCCUUUUAGACCAAGAACGCGACCUUCCUACAAGGAUCUCAGUAAUCGACGAAACUCUGUUCCAAAGCGCCCGGUGGUGGCGCGCACUUAAUCGGUACAUGUCUGUUAUCGGGUUAUUGGUCGUCGGUGCCAUCGCUGCCCUCGUUGUCGUGGGCGUCAAACAGGGUUGGGGCCAAAUGGCAUAGCAACCCGAUCGCGCCUCUGGCAUCUCUGAGCGUUUUCAAAUACGUCUUCGUCACCAUUAUCUCAGCGCAUCGGAAUCAUGAAUUAGGACCUGGCCUUCCGGCGACGGUCUAACGAAUCUACGACAGUUUUCAUCAUAUACAUAGACGCAUGCACUUACGACUCUUUUUUCUUUCCCGUUCAUCGGCACCACAAUCUUUCUUACCAUAUCCAGCAUCAUGGCCCGGCAAGAAACUAGACGGUGUUCAUUCCUUUCCUUGAUACCUUCCUAUGAGGGUUCUUACCACCAACGAUUGCCAUCGAACAUAAACUACUGUAUUUGUACAACAAGACAAAGCAAACACACACAUGACGAUGACUUGGCGGAGGUUGUUUGGUCUUUGUUUGCUUGUUCAUAUUUCCGCUGGGCGAUUGAGACUUGAUUGACGAUACCCCCCUUGGCCUUACAAGGGAGUCAGCUUGCCGGGAUCAGUGCUAGGGGCAGUUGGUAAUGAUGAAACCUGGCCGAUACUU